CCAAUGGACGCGCCAGGGCGGGGCGGGGCGGCCAGGGCUCUGGGCAGCUCCUCGCGGGCGGUGGCCGAUCCAGGGCUGGGGUCGGCGGCCCGGCCAACCCGGCCCGGCCCGGGGCCGCGUCCUGAGUGUCCGCCCUCGCCGCUGCAGCCUAGGCCUCCGGCCGGCCAUGGACCAUCCCCCGUCCCACAACGCCGGCCGGGACCCCGCGGCCGCUCCCGCCCCGAGCCCGGGCGCGCCGUGCUUGCGAGCGGAGGGCCCGGGCCUGCGCGCAGUGCCGGUGUCGGUAUCGGUGCCGGUGCCCGCGUCGCCGCAGGGCCCUGUGGGGGGCGGCGGCUUCGCGGGAUCGGAGCUCGCGCUGCCACAGGAGUCAGAGCCGAAGGCCGCCGACCUGGGGGCUGCAGGGCCGUGGGCGGGGGCGGCGGGACCACCGAGGCUGUCGGCGCACAUCCCCGUGCCCGCACUGAGAGUCCCCCCAGGAGCAACCCGGCUGGAGGAGGUCAUGGCUGCUGCCGCCCUCACAAGCCUGUCCACCAGCACUCUCCUUCUGGGGGCCCCAGCGGCAGCCUUCAGUCCAGAGCCAGGCCUGGAGCCCUGGAAGGAGCCCCUAGUGCAGCCACCGGGCAGCUGCUGCAGCAGUGGAGAUUGGGCCUGGGACCUGGCCAGUGACCAGUCCUCCUCUCCAGCAACCCCGUCACCUCCAUUACCCCCAGAAGCAGUCCACUUCCUGUUUGGGGAGCCUGCCCUCAGGAAGAGAAAGGGCCCAGCACAGGUCCUGUUCCAGUGUCUAUGGAAGCGAUGUGGGAAGGUGCUGAACUCAGCGUCGGGGAUGCACAGACACAUCCGCCUGGCACACCUGGGGCGGCAGGCAGAGCUGGAGCAGAGUGAUGGUGAGGAGGAUUUUUACUACACGGAGCUGGACAUGAGCAUGGAUGCGCUGGCUGAAGGGCUGUCCAGCUUAACCCCCACGUCCCCUGCAGCCACUGCACCGCCAGCCUUCCCACUCCUGGAGCUGCCUGAGCCCACAGCCUUGCCCUCAUUGCCGGCCCUGAGUUCUGGGAGUACCACCGAAGUGUUCCACAGGGAUCAUGCCUACCAGGGCUGCCCAGCACCCACCAGCCUGCAGCUACUGCCUGCUGUCAGGGCCUGCGCACCUGCCCUGCCCUCCAAGUGUGGCACCAACACAAGGAAGCCCCGGGGGGACGCCAAGAAGUGCCGGAAAGUGUAUGGCGUGGAGCGUCGGGACCUGUGGUGCACGGCGUGCCGCUGGAAGAAAGCCUGCCAGCGCUUUCUGGACUGACCCACGGGCUCCCAGGGGAGGGAAGAGCCCCACAGCCCCUGAUGCCUAACUGCCCCCAGCUGCAGGGUCUACUUUACACAGGGGAGUGGGGGAGCUGCAGACCUGGCCCCUUAGGGGGAGCCCCACCUCUCAAGUGCCUCUGAACAAACCAGCCUUUUGCACUAAAAGCAAACCACAAGAUUGUCCCCAUUCCCCUGACCCUGGUCGAGGGUCCCAGGGUUGGCUGCCCUCCCUGCCUGUUUGGCCACAGACUUAUCAAGGGUGCUGACAGGGACCAUAUGGGGGCCAUCUGAGAUGGGGGUGUGUGACUUGUAGGUUUUCAGGCCUGGGGCUGAUGCUGCACCAUGUCCUCAGACCUCAGGUGUUUUGUCUGGGUCAUGCCAGGAAAGGAGAAAUAUUAAAGAUUUGUGUUUUUUUUUCCAGAAACUGUGUCUGCCUUGGGGUGGGGUGGGCUUUGGGGGGCAUUGAAACAGAGCCCGGUUGCAGGUAGGAAGGGCUGGGGUCACUCUCCAGCCACCUCCACCCGGGUGGUCAUUGAGGGACACACAAGAAUUCACUUGAGCAGCAAUUUCCCAGUUUAUUGAAAGUGAUCGCUCUGCAAGAAUGUCUAAGCUAAUCCCGUCACAGAAAGGAAAACCGCAGGCAGCCCAGAGCGCACCGGGCAAACAAGAAACGCUAGACCACCCAAGGAGAGACUGUAACUGCUUGUGGCUGCAGAAAGUCGGACACAGAGCCAUGACCCUCGAUAACCAGCAGUGAGAAACCUCCCCCAAAUAUUAAACACAUCUCUGAUACAAACACAGGCUUAUAAUAAUUGAUAUAAAGUCGAUAUAAUAUAGAUUAUCCCCAGGAAAGAAAAAUUCAACAAUCUUCAAACACUGCCCUUCUUUGCCCAUUUUGUUCUUGACAGGUUGAAAGUGUGUUGAAAAAAUAAAUAUGUAAGAAAAGCACACACACACACACACACACACACACACACACGCACAUACACCAUCCUCAGGACAAGUAGUUCUAAAAGGGCUGCAUACAAAACACAAUAUAGGGUGUGGAGGGGGAAAAAAAUUCACGACCAUUAAGUAUGGCUUUCUUAAGAGUUGCACAUGUCACAGAAUGAGCUAAAAUAAGAUUAUCUUUCAUAAUAUUGCAAAAAGUUCCAGUUU